CAAAGCGCUGAGAAACAGGACGACCAACUUCAUCCAGCUCUCAGCGCAACAACACCACAGAGCUAGAAUCACCAGAAGCUGUAUUGAUCUAUCCACCUUGACCAGCAGAGAACCUACGUGGGACUUCUCUCAGCUUGGUCCAGUAGGGCCUCAUUGUUCUACUCUGAUCCUGGGCCAUGCUACAACAGAGAUUAGAUUUUGCAAUAUGAGCAUAACUCCGUCAUCUACCCUGGAAAGCCCUCUGACCUCCAACUGGGUACCUACUAACCCUUAUCAUGACGGUCCACUGGUGAUGUCUGGUUACACAAGUCGCCUGUGGCCCCACGACUCCCAGCCUCAGUUCUGGAGCAAGUACCAGGUGUGGGAGUGGCUGCAGCAGAUCAUGGAUAUCCACCAGAUUGAUGCCUCCAGUAUUCCCUUCCAAAACUUUGACAUGGACGGCCAUCAGCUUUGCAGCCUGAACUACCAUGACUUCAUCCGUGCUGCUGGCAGCGUGGGACACAUUCUUUACAACAGCAUCACAGAGCUCAAAUCAGGUGGCCAGUACCAUGUCGAUAUUGGACAGUUGGAGCUCAAACAUGAAAAUUUAUGUCCAUUUCCAGAUGUCAGCUAUACACCCGGAGAGAUCUAUGAUCAUACAGUUCCAUCUCUUGCUCCCAAUAUAUCUCCCACGCCUUCUAGUCCUGACAUUAAACGGUCUUUUAGUCGAAGUCAUCAGGUCAAAAAACACAACCCGAGAGGGACCCACUUGUGGGAAUUCAUAAGGGACAUUCUUCUGAACCCAGAGCGAAACCCUGGUUUGAUCAAAUGGGAAGAUCGGACGGAGGGGGUAUUUCGUUUCCUGAAGUCUGAGGCUGUGGCUCAGUUGUGGGGAAAGAAGAAGAACAACAGUAGCAUGACCUAUGAGAAACUAAGUCGUGCAAUGAGAUAUUAUUACAAGAGAGAAAUCCUAGAGCGAGUAGAUGGGCGCAGACUGGUUUACAAGUUCGGAAGGAAUGCCAGAGGCUGGAGGGAGGCAGAGAAGUGAUAAUGUCAUUAUCAAAUAUGUUUUUUAUGCAAAAUUGUCACAUUUUAACGUUUUUUUUUUUUAUUUGCCUUUUUAAAUAUGUUUGUUGAAGCUGUUUACAAGUGUUUCCUACUUUUAUUUGCUUUAUCUUAUUGCCUUCCUCAUUGAGUUGAUACUGCACUGAGAUCCUUUACGAAAAGGUGUUUACAUGAAAUGAAAUUAAAAAAGCUAAACAAAAAGCACUAGAAACGGUAGCAAUAAACAGAGUGAAGCUUUUUUUUUUCUUAAUGAAAACAAUAAUGAAAACGCAAGUCCCAAAGAAACACAUGUUGACAUAGCUGUCAAAGCAUACACAGGCAUACGUUACAUGUUUUGACACUGAUACUGUGAAGUGUCCUUUGGGGAGCAUGCUAGAUCAUUUAAUAAAGAUAAAACUAAAUGUAACCGUGCCUUAGAAAAUCCCAUAAGCACAGUGCAGUGAAGAUAUUAAAGGUAAAAUGUUAAUAUUUACACAACAUGUAAAGCUUGUAUUUCCUCAUUAAAUGCUUUGCUUUUAUUUAGUUGUAAAAGAAUUGAAUGUGUUUGUUGAAGUUUCAUACAAUAAAGUUUGUAACCGUUUUUAUUUCUUCCAUGUGUGUUUUUAAGGAGUUUGAUGUGCUGUUAAAUGUCAGACAAAAUUUGUAGUCAAAGACAUGAUUAUAUUAACCAAAAGGUAUGAUGCAAAUUGUAGCAAUUUUUGAGAAAACUUGACUAAUGUGCAUCUGACUGUGGUUAAUAACAGCAGUUUACCAUCUUUUUCCUUCUGGAUCUGUUACAAGCUCGUGUAUGAAAUGCGCUGUGCUCAAUGAUAACGAAGGAUCCCUUUGUUUAAUCUUGACACUGUGAAAUGCCACGUGGUAAAUUGUUUGCCUCUGCGUGCCCAAGCUGGUUCCAGCAGACAGCUGACAAAUGGCUGGUCCUUGAUUGGCCUCCAGA